GUUAUAUUAAAUUUGAUUGGUCGUCGUUGAAACUUUGAUCUAAUAGGAUUGGGUUUUAUAAAAUAAGUUAUAGAAGAAUGUAAACAAUAUGGAGGAAAAUUCGACAGAAAACUGUACACGUGCACUUCGUGUUAGUCAGUUAGAUGCACAAGAGUUAGACAAUGAAGUUAUUGCUAUAAUUAAGAACCAGCUGACAAAGUUACUAAAAUAUCACAAGACUAACAUUUUAGUCAGAUAUGAUCCAGAAGUUAGUGUCAUCCUAAAACUGCUAGUUUGGAAGUUUUCUGUUUUGGUCCACAACUCAACUAUAGGACAGAAUAUUCUUAACCUUAAGUACGUUAGCAACAAAGGAGAAACAUGGAUGACACGACGACAACAAAUUUUAUAUGCUGCCAUUUUGAUUGGGUUGCCAUGGUUAAAGGAAAGACUGAGUGAUGUUCUGAAAGUCAUUGGUCUAAUGGAAAUAAGGUCAAAGAUAGAGAAGUUAAUAGAAUGGACUGACAUUAGUUUGAAGAUUGCUGCAAUGGUCAAUUUCUUGGUGUUCCUACAAAAAGGUUUUUACCAUUCUUUGGUUGAGAGAGUACUGGGUAUACAACCAGUGUUUCCAGAUAAACAAGGCAUUAGACAAGUUAGCUUUGAAUUCAUGACAAGAGAAUUAUUAUGGCAUGGAUUUUCUGAAUUACUGUUCUUUGUUCUUCCAUUGGUCAAUUUUCAACGUGUAAAGAAUUACUUGUCACGGAAGUUUCUUCCAAAAGACAUGUCUAGUCAAUCUACCUCAAAGAGAAAUUUGACAGAAUGUGGAAUCUGUGGGGAGUGGCCAACAAAUCCACAGGAAAUUGGAUGUGCACAUGUCUUCUGUUACUAUUGCAUACAGAGUAACUACAAGGCAGAUCCUGGUUACUGUUGUCCACUCUGUGGUAUCAAUAUACCUGACCCAUCAACUAUACAGCAUCUGAAAAUGGAUAUCAACCUGACAUGAUCAUAGUGUGUAAAUUGAUAAUCAGAAGUAUGAUAUUCCUACAAGGAACAAAGUUUUAAUUCACAAACACAAAACAUCAAAGAUGUGAUAUAAAACUCCUGGUGACACCAGGAAAAAAAGAUGUGAUACAUAAAUCCUGGUUAUAACAGGUAUAGACCGUGAUGAUAAAGAUGAUGAUAUAAUGGUGCUCAAAUUUUGAAAAGCUGAUUAAAAAUUAAACUAUUGAAAAGUGA